AUGGUGAAAGCUCCUUCUUCCCCCGUGUUCUCCUCAAGUCUGACUUGUAACUACUGCAAGAAUCCAGGCCACAUCAAAGCAAACUGUUACAGGUUGGUUGGUUUUCCAGCAGGCUACUUUGAUAGGCCACGACCUCAGGACAACAAACCUAAGGGAAAGGCUGCUGGUCGUCUUGUUCAAGACCAAGAUUACUAUGCGGUGACAAAAUCAGAUCACACCAACUUUGCUGGUAAGGAUACCGCAUCCCUUCAUGGAGAGCUAUCUGAAGAAGUCUAUAUGGAUCUACCACCAGGAUAUGAGGCAAGCACAAGAGGUAGAUUUGUGUGCAAGUUAAAUAAGUCCUUGUAUGGACUCAAACAAUCACCACGAGCUUGGUUUGGAAGAUUCUCUCAAGCUAUGUGUCGGUUUGGGUACAAGCAGAGCAACUCUGACCAUACAUUGUUUCUGAAACGCAGUGAAGGUAAAUUAACUGCCUUGAUUAUUUAUGUUGAUGAUAUGAUAAUUACUGGUGAUAAUUCAGAGGAGGUUGAAAGAUUAAAAGAUCUGCUUGCAUCAGAGUUUGAGAUGAAAGAUCUUGGUUCUCUUAAAUAUUUUUUGGGGAUUGAGGUCGCCAGGGGGAGUUCAGGAAUUUUCUUGUGCCAGAGAAAAUAUGUGCUUGAUUUGUUGACAGAGACAGGAAUGCUAGGGUGUAGACCUGCUGAUACUCCUAUUGAGCAGAAUCAUAAACUGGCUGAGUACCAUAAUCAAACUCUUACAGAGAAAGCUCGCUAUCAAAGAUUAGUUGGCAGAUUAAUUUAUCUCUCACAUACUCGGCCAGACAUUGCAUAUGCAGUUAGUGUUGUGAGUCAAUUCAUGCAUAAUCCAAGUGAAACUCAUAUGGAAGCUGUGAUCCGUAUUCUGAGGUAUUUAAAGUCUGCGCCUGGAAAAGGCUUGAUGUUUUCAAAGCAUAAUCAUCUGGAUGUUAGUGGUUAUACAGAUGCAGAUUGGGCAGGUUGUGUUACAGAUAGAAAAUCCACUUCUGGUUACUUCACUUUUGUAGGUGGUAAUCUUGUUACUUGGAGAAGUAAGAAACAAAAGGUUGUGGCAAGGUCAAGUGCUGAAGCAGAAACAGUUAGCUGA